AUGAGUCUGUCAUCACGUCUCAUAGACGCCUACGAAGAUCGAAAGCUGCCCCUUCCUGAAGGCAUACAGAGUCCUUUUCGACGACCACCUCAUCUUGCUCUACCGCGAAGCAGUACUCCUCAAGCCAGAUCCGGUCAAAGAGACAACAAUUUCGGAAUGAUGGAUCCUGACGCAAGCUGGAUGUCUAAUCAUGGACAGCAGAGUUUCAUGGGUCCUUCCUCGACACAAGGAACGAGCUCUUGGUCAGAAGAAAGAAUACAGAUGCUCCAAGCUAGAUUAGCAAGGAAAUUAGGUCCUGAAUACGUUACUCAAAGACCAGGUCCUGGUGGAGGACCAAAGCUCAGUUAUAUUGAAGGAUGGAAAGUCAUCAAUCUUGCCAACGAGGUAUUCGGUUUCAAUGGCUGGUCUUCCUCGAUAGUUUCGCUGAAAACUGAUUAUCUGGACGAGAAAGAAGGCGGUAGAGUAUCGGUCAACGUGACUGCGAUUAUCCGCAUCACGCUACUAGAUGGUUGUUCCCACGAGGAUGUAGGUUGUGGACAGGGAGAGAAUAUAAGGGGAAAAUCAGCAGCUUUGGACAAGGCUCAGAAAGAAGCAGUGACAGAUGCUACCAAAAGAGCGUUGCGAACUUUCGGAAAUGUCCUGGGCAAUUGCCUGUACGAUAAAGAAUACACAAAAGAGGUAGUGAAAAUGAGAGUACCACCUGCCAAGUUCACCCAUGAUAAUCUUGAACGUCGAGCUGAGUUCACUCCAGCUGGAGCAGCUGGUUCCUCUGCCAUUCCCGCACAGCCCAAACCACCCAUACCUGUACAGCAACCUCAACCUAUCCGUGCUCCCAUUCGAGAACCUCCCAUCAUCGCCCCUGGAACUCCACUGCGGUCUAUCAAUGACCCACAAGUGGAUGUAUUUAUGGAGGAGAACUUCGAUGCGGAAUUCCUGGACAUUGGGAGUGACUCAUUCUUGGAUCAAUUGGAAGAAACAAACCUACAAGCUGGACCUGCGAAUGGCAAUGGACCAUCCAUGGGAAGACCGCAACCUCGCAAUGCUCAAGCUGGCCCAUCCAGGCUGAACCCCAAAAUCUCAGAUGAGCCAACAUACCAACAUCGUCAUCGACCAGAUCCCACAAACAACCUCCAAAACGGAAAUCAACCAAAUCGGCUUCAGGAAAAGAGGAAUGUGAUAUCCUCGACAUCUCAGAACGAGAAAGAAGAUCAACCUGGAAAGAUAGGAUCUAAACCAAGUAGCGGUACUUCUGCGGGAUCAGGUUCAGGCGGAAGCGCAACCACUCUUCCUGAAGCUCCGAAACCUAGACCUGUCGGUGGAUUCGCUUUACCUGCUGUAUCUGGUGGAGGAAAUGCCAAUACUGCAGCUGCUACAGCACGUCGACAGGCAAUCGCAGAUGCUUUAAAUGUAAUUGUCGCCCCUGCUUCCCCGCCUACAAGAGCAGAAUCGCCCAAAAUACCUUCAGGUGGAAUUGACACCGUAGCCGCUAGAGCGACCAUCAAAUUGAAAAGUGAAGGUAUCAACCUCAAGUUAGAAGAAAGCGGUUACAGUGACAAUGGAGAGAACGUCACAUUGGGCGGAUUUGCAAGUGCCAGAGGGGUUAAACGAUUAGGUGAUCAAGACAGACGAAGUGCCUCACCUACUAAACCUAUACCUAACUCAGGCCAAGGACAAGGAUACAAUCGACAAGGCGUAAGAACAGCGCUGGGUGAAUUGAGUGCGGGUCAAGGCGGAGGAGAACAAGAUGAUUGGGCAGCGAAGCGUUCUCGCUUCGGGUGA